AACGAAGAGGGAAAUACCACCUGGGGAAUACACACACACUUGACAGGUGAGGAUGACAUCCACGGCAGGUCGACUGGCCCGUCAGCAGGAGAGGGCACAAGGCAUUGGCACCAACCAGCAUGCAGUGAAGUUCUCCAAGCAGGAUUAUGAGAGUCUGCGCCAAGAGUGUCUGAAGAGUGGACGUCUGUUUGAGGACAACUGCUUUCCAGCUGAGCGCAAAUCACUGGGCUACAAUGAGCUGGGACCAUACUCACCCAAGACCAGGGACGUUGUUUGGAAGAGACCAACGGAGCUGUGCCCGAACCCAAAAUUCAUUGACAACGGAGCCACAAGGACGGACAUUUGCCAAGGAGUUCUGGGCGACUGCUGGCUUCUGGCUGCAAUAGCCUCACUGACUCUAGACCAGCAGAUCCUGGCUCGUGUGGUGCCCCCUGGACAGAGUUUCUCUGAAGGCUAUGCUGGGAUAUUCCACUUCCAGUUCUGGCAGUUUGGAGAGUGGGUGGAUGUGGUGGUCGAUGACCGUUUACCCACCAGAGAUGGAGAGCUGCUGUUUGUUCACUCAGCGGAGGGCUCAGAGUUCUGGAGCGCGCUGCUGGAGAAGGCCUAUGCCAAGGUGCAUGGCUGCUAUGAGGCCCUGUCAGGAGGAAACACUAUUGAGGGUUUUGAGGAUUUCACAGGAGGAAUCGCAGAAGUGUACACUUUAGACAAGGCUCCACCAAACCUUUUCCAAAUCAUGGCGAGGGCCCUGAGGCUGGGUUCACUGCUGGGUUGCUCUAUCAACAUCACCAGUGCUUAUGAGACAGAGGCAGUGACGGCUCUCAAACUUGUCAAAGGGCAUGCAUACUCAGUCACUGGUGCAGAGGAGCUUCAUUCUCGAGGCAGGCCGGUUCAGCUGGUCCGUUUGAGGAACCCAUGGGGUCAGGUGGAGUGGACUGGGCCGUGGAGUGAUGGAUCCAAUGAAUGGAACUCCGUCAGUAAAGAUGAGAAAUCAAAGCUGAACCAUGUGGCUGAAGAUGGAGAGUUCUGGAUGUCCUAUUCAGACUUCAUCAGGCAGUUCUCUCUGCUGGAGAUCUGUAACUUGACCCCAGACACCAUCAUGAGCGAUGCAGUGGGCCACUGGAACCACUCCCAGUUUGAGGGGAUGUGGCGGGUCGGCUCCACCGCUGGCGGCUGCCGCAACUACGCAGCCACGUUCUCAUCCAACCCUCAGUUUGUGGUGCGUCUGGAGGACGUGGAUGAUGAUCCUCUGGAUGGGCAGGAUGGAUGCACCUUUCUGGUGGGACUGAUGCAAAAGGAUGGACGGCGGCAGAAGAGGCUAGACCGCAACCUUGAGACCAUUGGCUUUGCUAUUUAUGAGGUCCCAGAUCAGUACAAAGGCCGCAGCAAUGUCCACUUAGGGCCAGACGUCCUGCUGCGGCAGAGAGCUGUUGCCAUGAGCAGCACCUUCAUCAACACCAGGGAAGUGUGCAACCGCUUCAAACUUCCCCCAGGAGAAUAUGCCAUAGUUCCCUCGACCUUCCAGCCUCACAAGAACGGCAGCUUCAUUCUCAGGGUGUUCUCAGAGAAACAAGCUGCAACCAGUGCACUGGAGGAUGACAUUGAUGCUCAAAUAGAGGAGGAGGAGGUGUCUGAGAGUGAUGUGGAUCCUCAUUUCAAGCACCUCUUCAAGCAGAUUGCUGGCAACGACAUGGAGGUAUCGGUCUUUGAACUGGUUAAGAUUUUAAACAACGUUGUCUCUCACCGAUCUGAUAUCAAGACAGAUGGCUUCAGCCUUGAGACAGGUCGCCUUAUUGUCAGUCUGCUGGAUAAAGAUGAGAGCGCCAAGCUGGGACUGAUGGAAUUCCACUUGCUUUGGAGCAAAAUCCAGAAAUACCUGGAGAUCUUCAAGAAUCAUGACUCAGACAAGUCUGGCACCAUGAGCUCCCACGAGAUGAGAGGCGCCGCCACUGAAGCAGGUUUUAACAUCAACAGCGCUGUGCUGCAGGCCAUCGUCAGUCGCUAUGCUGAUGCUCAGUAUGCCAUAGACUUUGACAGUUUUGUUGGCUGUCUCAUUAAACUGGAAAUGCUCUUCAAAAUGUUCAAAACCCUGGAAAGUGCUGACUCUGGGAAGAUGGAGCUGGAUAUGCAACAGUGGCUGUGCCUGGCGAUCUACUAACUGUAGACGGCUGUCGGUGCCUCAUCCAGUCACCUCGUCCCCCCAGGAGAUUCAGCCUCUUCCCUCCUCUCCCUAGUUUGCAUGUAAUCAUGUCUCUCCCUCCCUCUUUGUGCGUUUGUUUGUCGUAUUCUCUUCUGCGGGCGAGUGGCCUGUCCUCUUUCUAGGUCACUAUGGUGGAGAGGAGGAAUAUGGCUGAGAUCCUGCUCAGUAAGCGAAACCUGAAGCGGCUCACUUGUCCUCCUGGAUCAACCCUCUUCACUUAUGUUUUACAGUCUACAUUUUGUCCUUGUUAUUGUAUAUGCUGUGCUUUUCUGUUGUGUAUCUGUUUUUAUAGAUAAUAUCUAUUGCAUGUCUCUAUGUCUGGGUAGAGAGAUACAUUUUUUCUCUCUUAAAUGGGUUUUUUGGGGAGUUUUUCCUUGUUCGAAUUGAGGGUCUAAGGACAGAGGUUGUUGUAAUCAACACUGAAAAGCCUCUUGAGGCAAAUUAUGAGUAGAGAUUUUGGGCAAUAUAAAUAAAACCGACUUGACUUUACUUGAUUGGUGAUAUCUGCUGAAGAGGAAGCUUAAUCAGUUAACAAUAGAUUCAUUUAAUUCACAAAAACUCGAUCAGUAAACCAAAUUUCAUAUACACUCCUUAUGUUCCAAAUGCAUAAAAAUGGCUGAGAUGCAUUUUUAUAUUUGAUAGUGAUAUUUGCUAAAUAUAUACAGGAAAAUGUUUGUUUUUUUUCCAAAUGUUUAGAAAUGUUUUAUAUCAUUAAUGUGUAUUUUCUUAGUGCUGUAGGAACAAAUUUGUCUUAUUAAUAGGUGUUUAUGCGCUUUCCGCUGUUGCAGAACUUCUGUCAAAUGAUAGAAAAUAAAGAAACUAAGAAACUA